CUCAAAAAUAAAAAACUUCGGACAUGAUCUAAAUUCGCAGUGAUAUUCUCGCAGAAUGAAUAAAUUGGCUAAAAUCGGAAGAAUUUACAGAUAUAUGUUAUGCAAGCAUCCCAUUAUAACACAGUCGAUUCAAACUGGCCUUUUGAUGGCAUCCGGGGACGUCAUAGCUCAAAAAAUCAUCGAAAAAAGGUGCGAAUUAAAUUCCCUCCGGACCGCUCAAUUUUUUGCUCUGGGUACCGUGGUGGUGGGCCCGGCGGUGACAGUGUGGUACAAACUCCUGUCGAGGUUGAUCACCGAUCGCGGUAAAUCGGCGGCUCUCAAAAAGAUGGCACUGGACCAACUGAUAUUCGCGCCAACUUUCUUGGCUGUUUUUAUCGCCCUGCUGAACAGCAUGCAGGGGAAAGACCUGGAUUUUAUCAAGAAGGAAUUGAGCUGCAAGUACAAAGAUAUUCUAAUUAGCAAUUACAAGUUGUGGCCGACGGUGCAGCUGGUCAACUUUUAUAUGGUGCCAUUGAUGUUCCAGGUUCUUUUCACUCAAAUUGUGGCAUUGAUUUGGAACGCAUACUUGUCGUGGAAAACGCAACAGGGAGUUGCUGAUAAAGAUGGUGAGGAAGAUGAUGACGAAGAUGAUUAAAAAUACGUUUUCACCUUAAUUAAUUUGGACAGUAUUAAAUGACGUGAUUAUUCUUAAAUUCAGGUAUUUCUUUAUACAUAGUUUUUACAUAUACCUAUUUUAAUAAACUGGUGAAAUGUCAGCUUUGGUACUUUAAUAGUGAAACCGACAUAUUUACACCAAAUUUUGCCGUUAAAUACAAAUAGAAACUAUUAUUAAUAUAAGUUCAGGGUCUAGUGAAUUUUAAACAUAUAUUUAUUUUUCGAGUUGUAUACCUACCUUUAUACUAUUUUUGCUAGGUAAAAUUUAUUACUUUAUUUUUCUAUAAUGUGCCUCGUAUAUGUUCUCUUAAAUUGCAUUGUAAUAGUAUAAAUAAGAUAUUUGUUUAAUAGGUUUUAUUUUAAAUAACAGGCUACAUAAAAAAUUUCUGUUAUUUUAUUUUGCAACUUUUGAGUUCAGUGGCGUUUCUUGAGUAUACGGACGCUUCUCUAGGUCUUUUACUGACCAAAUUGUAAAAGAAUGUUUAUUUCAAUUAUUUAUUGCAUUUGUUUUUUUUUAUUUUAAGCAUUUAAUUUUGAACAUAUCCAUUUUUCGUAGAAGUAAGUAUUUGUUACUUUUGUUCUGGAAAAAUAAA